AUGACAAGCAAAUAUAUCUGUCCACCGGCUGAUCUUCUUCAUGGACUUGGGUUGAUUAAUAGGGACGCGCAAGCCAUCUUCGAAUAUGCUAAUGUUAAUGGUCUUAAACUUAAUCUCACCAAGUCCAAGGUGAUUAUAUUUGCUAGUCGAGCUCAUGUUAAUAAUAUAGAUAUUACCCUUCUACCACCGAUCAUUGUCGACCGAACACCUCUGCUAUUUUAUGGCGUUGAUGUAGGCGAAGUGUUGAUCCUUGUCCUAUUUGAUUUCAGCAAAGCUUUCGACACUGUCUCCCAUCAUUUGCUUCUUACCAAACUUAGGAAACUAGGCUUUUCUGAUCAAGCUUUGGAACUAAUUUUUUCGUACCUCACCGGUCGUCUUCAAGCGGUUGUGGAUUUGGAGGGCGUCUUCUCAGAAUGGCUAUCUGUCACCGCUGGCGUCCCGCAGGGAUCUGUCCUUGGACCGCUCCUUUUCUCUCUCUUCAUCAAUGAUAUCGGCGCGUUUCUAAGGUUCACAGAACAUUUGAUAUUUGCCGAUGAUACGCAAAUUUAUCGCAGGUGCCUCUUAAGUCAAUUAAAUGCCGGGCUGCAAUUUGUGGCGCAUGAUGUGAAUGUUGUCUCUGAAUUUGCGGCUGCAAAUGGACUGACCCUCAAUCUCAACAAAUCCAAGGUAUUAAUAUUUGGAAGCAAAGGUUAUAUCAAACAACUCAACCUCAAUGACCUUCCUCUUAUUUCCGUUGGUGGUAUUUCGAUUCCCUACGUUACCGAAGCGCGAAAUCUGGGCGUCAUUAUGAGAUCUGAUCUAUCUUGGGAUAGCCAUGUCUCCCAUAUCUCCAAAAGACUCCACUUUACGCUAUACAAGCUCAAGUUUCACAAAAACUCUUUAUCUCGUCAACUUCGUGUGAAACUUGUGACCGCACUCAUCUGGCCUUUGCUGGAUUACUGUUCUCUUGUGUACAAUGAUGUCACCGACGAGCUUGACACUAGAUUGCAAAGGCUUAUAAACUGUGCGAUUCGCUUCAUAUUCAAUUUAAGACGCGAUGAACAUAUCACGCCUCUUCGUCACCAACUGGGAUGGUUGUCCGUAAAGAACAGACGACUCUAUUUCUUGGGAAUCGAGAUGUAUAAGAUAUCCCGCGGCAUAUCUCCAGGUUACCUUUCCGACAUUUUCAUCAAACCCGAUUCCUUGAUCAGACGUUCGUCACGCCUGGUAGUGGAGCACGCAUUUCAAAUUCCCACCCAUAGGACGGAAACAUAUCAUAGAUCUUUCCAUCUCGCGGGUAUCUAUUUGUGGAACUCGCUUCCUUCAGAGAUUGUGUCCUCAUCGACUAUCAUUGAAUUCAAACGAAAGCUCCACAACCACAUCUUUUCCCUUGAGUCUGGUUCUGUGCCUGCUUCCACUCUGGGGCAAUCAAGCGUUUGA